GGUAAUUGCCCCGGCGCUAAAACUGAAAUAGCGCUGCCCCCAGCUAGCUGGCCGCUGGAUCCUUGCUUGCCUGGCAGCCGGCGUGGGGCCGGGCGCGGCGCGGCCGGAGCAUGCAACGCAGCGCGGCGGCAUGCAAGUGACAUACAAGUACGGUUAUCAGGUCCACUGAUCAGGUGUUACACUUUCAUCAGUCUUCAAAGUGUGAAUUCAUUGUUUUUUAAACAGCUUUACGUGGAACCUUAAAGCAUCAAGUUCCAAGGCAAGGGGGUAUAAAGAAUACGGCUAGAGGGUUCUAUUUUCCUAAUAUCUGAGGAGAGAUAAAGCACUCAACAUGUCAAAGAGAACAUCGAGCACAAGCAAGAAGAAAUCCAAGCAACGGAAGAUUUCAAGCUCCAGUAUCCGCAGUGACAGCCCCAUUGUUAAAACAGCUGCAAAUCUUAGUCAGAUUUCUAAGCCUCAAAAGAAGAAAGCACUAAAUGAAGGUGAUAUGUUCAAGGAACGAACAGUAUCUGCAAGAACCUUCUCACGUUGGAAACCCAUUAGUAAAUCAUCCCAGGCAUUGCUUGUUCAAACAAUCGAUAGUGCCAUUGUGUCUGUUUUGUCUGAGACAAGUUCUGUGGCUUACGCCGAUGUACAAGGCGUUCUAAAUAGGCUGAAAAAGAGGAUACUUGACAAGGCUUGGAAUCUGAAGGCACCUGUAACUAAACGCCCAAAUUUCAACACGUUGGAGGCUGCUUGUAGAAAGAUAGAAAGUGAAGCUCUAGAAGCAUCGAAUCAAGAGGAACUCCUGUCUGAAAUGGUGGAGCAAAUGACAAGGACGGUGCAAGAAAAGGAGGAAAUCUUAGAGAAGCUUGACAAAGGCAGCAGUGAAGCAAGAAAGGAGAAAUCUUGAUUUGAUGAGAGAGGGAGAGAUUAUAUUCGGUUUGAGAUAUGAUUACUAGUAUGGGAAAGGGAUCAUUGGGGCCCUGUUUCUUGAAGCUAAUGUCAAAGGAAUGUCCAAGCUUCUGUUACUAGGGGGUCAUGGAAUUUUAUUGGUCAAGAUUGCAUUUUACAUUGAUGUAAAUUAGCAUUAAGUGGUUGAUUACAAGUUCAAUGAAACAUGGCCCCAUUAUAAGAAUUGAGACUGAUUCUUAUUUAAAACUUGAUCGAAACCCAUUCCUUAUUACUUGCAAGUGCACAGUUAAGAUUGAUUUUGUGUUGUGAUUGAUAAGAAUGACCAAUAACUAUCAAUGACUUUUCAAAGACAUGCACUGUUUUAAUGCUACAUAUCUGCUGUGUACAGUAGGUGCAUGAUAUUAAUUACUGAAAGCAGAUUGACUCUAUGAACUCAAUUAUUUCCAUCAAGAUAUUAUUAUAUAUUUCUUGUUUGAUUAAAAAGUGCAUGAGCUGUUUGAGCAUAUUGCCAUGGCAACUGCAUUGUGAGAGUUAAAAGCAGAUGGGCUAUAGUUUGGACAAAAUGAAACAAACAAUGAGAGAGAGAUGCAUAAUCUUGAAAACUGCAACGAGUUGCAAUCUUCAUACCAAUUGGGAUGUAAAGUUGGCCAUGUGGGUAAUAUUAGCAUGGAGCGUUGUGGCCCAGUGGAUUAGUCUCUGGACUUUGAAACAGAGGGUUGUGGGUUCGAAUCCCAGCCAUAGGGUAAUUUCCUUCGGCAAGAAAUUUAUCCACAUUGUGCUGCACUCGACCCAGGUGAGGUGAAUGGGUACCCGGUAGGAUUUAUUCCUUGAACGCUUUAGCGCCUAUUAAUAUGGCGGCUCAGCUACAGCCAGGGUAAUAAUAUGAUACCAAGUAUUAAAGCGCAGUUGAGUAUAUGCACAUAGUAACUGCACUAUAUAAAUGGACAUAUUAUUAUAUUGUUGUCUUGUAAGGCUGAGGGAACUCCUCCAUUUGCCCCAAGACACAACAUGACUUGUCUUUGUCAAAUUUCACACAGGCCGAGAAAGGUUUAGUGAUCUUUAUUGUCACCAGUCAUGCAUGAUAUCAUUUGUAACUUACAACUUCAUGAAAUGCUGCCUAGGUCUGUUUAUUUUUCCUUUCCUUUCUCCCCCCCCCCCCCAUCUUUCAGGGUUUAGAGUCUUCCUUUCACACAAAGUCACUGACUGUCAAUUGAAGAUCUUAGGGCAUAAUAUGGAGAAAAAGAUCAGUGCAAUGCAUGUGGGACCAAAGUAAAUAUGAUGUUCUUCUAUUCUGUAUUCAGGAAAUAAUUUUCCUGGUAUUGCAUCGCAAUUUGCUCCACAUUUUUGAAAGACUGCUAUGCAUGAAGUCUUUUGUAUAGCAUAUUUUUACAUAGGACUGUACAUUUCUUAGUCGAGAGCUUUUCUCUCAUGACCAAAAAUUCUGUUCAAAUUUGUAAUGCAAAGUUAUUCCCUGGUAUUCUUUCAGAAUUUAAUAGAGCAUUUCAGAUGAAAUCUCCAGAUAUUUUGUGUAAAUCUGUCCAUAUGUUUGUAAAUAUGUGAAUAUAUUAUUUGUGGAUUUUGUAUAUUAAAGAUGAAACUGAAAUGACA